UUUAUAAUCCGGCUUGAAAGGUCUUCUUGUUGCAUUUGUUGGAAACGGAGAUUGACCGAGAAAAGAGAAGAAUGGGGAAGCAGCCGGUGAAAUUGAAGGCGGUGGUUUACGCGUUAUCGCCGUUUCAGCAGAAGAUUAUGACGGGUCUUUGGAAAGAUCUGCCGGAGAAGAUCCAUCACAAGGUCUCUGAGAACUGGAUCAGCACUAUUCUCCUUCUCGCUCCCGUCAUCGGCACCUACUCGUAUGCUCAAUACUACAGAGAACAAGAUAAGUUGGAACACAGGUUCUAAGCAUGAAGACAAUCAUAUGAUUCUACAAGAGUCCAAUUCUUUCUUCAAUUUUUCUUUCUCCAAAAUGUGUCCAAGUGACAAUUUGUUAUCAUCAUACAUUCAAAUUAGAAGCGGAAAAAUGGCUUCCUUGCAUUUUUGUUGAAUAAAUUUGUGGAUUUCAUGAAUAACAACCCGAAUGUUUGAUCCUC